UUCUGCAGGGAUUUUCCUAAUGCUACUGUACAAUUUACACACAGUCCUCAGCAUUUCUCAAUCUGGGAAACCGUUCACAUUGAGGACUGUCUUCGUGGAGUUCGUGCGUUUUUUCCGGGUUUCCAGUGUAACCCUGACUUUCAUCUUGACGUUGAGAGGUGACCUGAUCACGAAGUACGAGGAACUCUCGCGACGUGGACGGCGGAAUCCCUCACGAUUAUUGAAAAACUUCAGGAUCUACGUUUAUGCAGGAUUCUCAUUGUCUUCUCUUCUACAAAUAAUAAGCAACGAUCGACAUUUGCAGGACAACCCGGAGAAUUACCUCGCCUCACACUUCUACGGUCUUUCCGUCCGCGAGGAAUCAUUCUUCCGAAGCUCGAAUGCCUUUAGGUUCUAUGUCUUCGUGGAUUAUUUGUUGCUCUCGCUUCAAGAGCUGUAUCUCUAUAGAGUUAUGUGCCUCUUCUGUGAUCUCGCAUUCAGAUUGUCGGAAAAUAUCCGGGAGCUCCGGGGGGAAGUUUAUUUCAGAAACGACUCGGUAUUCUGCGACAUCACCUCGACCCACCGAUUGUGUCAGGGCAUGAACAUGGAUUUCUCCGAAUUGCUUGCGACUUGGUGUGCGGUGGCCAUGAUGACUGUCAUCGGCUUCAUUCAAACGUGCAUCGAAGCCUUCCAGAGCGUCUCCCAAAGCGUUGUAGCUCGAGUUCUGGCUAGCCCUAGUACGCUCCUAGUGAGCAUCUGGUUCUGCUUAUUCUGCUGCGUGGCGAAGAAACCAUAUCAAGAAGCUUCGCUCUUCAGGGAUGUACUCAACGAGCUCAACAGGAGAGCGCGGGUCGAGAUCAGAGAGGAGAUUCUGUACCUCAAGUUGAUGUAUCGGCUCUGCGACGGAGAACGAUUCACCAUCAAAGUGUGGCGAACGGUAGCCUUCAGCAAUAACUUCUUGUCACGGACCUUUCCAAAUAUCCUCAUGUUUGGAGUCACCCUCCACCAAGUCGCUAAUGAAAAAUCGAGGCUCGGCGGAGUGUAG